CCUUUCCACUCUAGUCGACAGAUGAUGACGCAGAGAUGACACAGCUUCUUUGCCCUCGGAUGGGCUCGUACAUAGCAGGGCGAGUGCGCACAGGUCAUCGCGCCUGGCUGCCAUUGAGUCGCUCCAAGAGCACCCUAACGAUCGUCAAGCCCUCGGGCUCAGCAUCACGAUACGCCCCCACCCCGAUAGUCUUCCUAGCCGUCAAGCCAUUCGCCGAUGCUUCCUCCAACAAUCCUGCUCCUAACCCGCGGGAUGCCCAGUCUCUCUGGUCUUCUUGGAUCAGUCAAGCCACCACUCACGGGUACGAGAGCAUGCUCCUCGAUGUCGACCCAGAGGAGCUGCACACCUCUUCUCCUCCAGCGCCAACAAAGGUCUUAGACCUCCUCGAGCGCGAAAUGGUCACACAGCUUCGAAGCGCCUCAGCAUUCCCUCCCAUCCUCUUCGCUAGAGGCUGCGAUAGUGUAGCUGCAGAGCAGUAUGCUUCUUCUCACGGGCUGUCCGCCCUCUUCCUGCUAGACCCGGCAACUUCUUUCGCUGAGGCUCGAGGCAGUGGAGGACCCAAGGUGCUGCGAGGGGAUGAGGAGGGGAAAGGAUUCGAAUUUGAUUUCGAGCCUCGCUUUGCUUGCAGGGUGGCUUGGAGUCAGGCUCGCCUGCAGGCAGAUGGUGAGGAGGCAAGGCUACACCGUAUUGAGGAGGAGCUGAUUGAGGAGGAAGAGCAGGAGGGCCGGAUUGUCUGGGAGAAUGCGGACAGACAGGGUCCCGAGGAGAUGAGGGCCUGGCUGGAGGACGAGUGUGGAUUGUGAGGGUCCACCUGUAGAGGAGCACCGGGAUGACCGCGAGGCUAGCACCACUUCUGGCGCUGAAGAUGGACAUGAAGAUGCGGACGAAUCUUCCAUCUGGGUCCACCCUUCAGGCUCCGGCUACCCCACCUGGUUCAUCGAAG